AUGGCUGAAAACACUCGAUCAAAACAACAGCAGCAACAUGUUGAUGCCCUACAAGUUCAGAUGGACCAAACUAAACAGGAGCUCCAUGAAGUUAAGACAGAUGUUCAAGAGAUUAAAGACAUGCUAAGAGCCCAUUUUGCCCAACAAAACAAUCCCCUACCGCCCCCACCUCCACCCCCACACAAUCCAUUCCAACUGGAAUUCGACAACACAGACCGAAGAAGAUUUAACCCCAGGGGUGUCAAGUUGGAAUUUCCUCAUUUUCAAGGAGCUAACCCAACAGCUUGGCUCUUUAAAGCCAACCACUACUUUGAUUUCCACCAAACUCCACUACCUCACCGUUUGUUGAUGGCCUCUUACCAUAUGGAAGGCGAGGCUCUUGUUUGGUUCCAAGAAGUUGAAAAUGGUGGAUUAUUCCGGGAUUGGGAGAUGUUUUCCAGGGCGUUACUCCUUCGCUUUGGUCCCACGGCGUAUGACGAUCCAAUGGAGGCCUUGACGAGGUUGAAACAGUCUGGCACUGUAGCUGCUUACAUGAGCCAGUUUGAGGCUUUGGCAAAUCGUGUGAGAGGUCUUUCCGACUCUCACAAGCUGAGUUGCUUCCUCAGCGGCUUGAGAGACGAGGUUCGCAUUCCAACCCGUAUUUUAAACCCUGUACAUUUACAUGCAGCAUAUGGGUUAGCAAAAAUGCAAGAGGAGUAUUAUUGCAGCACAAAAAAAUUCACUAAAUCUACGGGGGACAAACCAAAUACUAUGAGUGGUAGUAACUCCUUCCAAAGCUUUUACUCGGGUGAUGCGUAUCACAAAUGGAAAAAUCCAACGGGGGGUACUAAACCUGUUUAUUCAACUCAAAUGGAUGAAAAACGUCGCAAAGGCUUGUGCUACCAUUGCGAUGAGAAGUGGAACCCGUUGCAUAAAUGUAAGAGUCCAAAAAUCUAUUUGUUACAAGGUAGUGAGGAUGAGGGUGAUGAGCAGGAGGAGCUGCAGGGUGAUGAAAAUGUUGGAAAAACUCAACCAGAAACACUGUUCAGCAGCAACGAACAACCCGAAAUUUCUUUGGCAGCCAUUGCUGGAACCCCCACGUCAAAAACCAUGCGUGUAGUUGGAAGUAUUUUGGGCGAACAAGUGAUUAUAUUGUUGGACUCAGGCAGUUCACACAAUUUUAUCGACACGGCUGUGGCUUCGAGAUUAAAAUUUCCAGUAGAUUACUCAGUUAAUUUGAGGGUGAGAGUAGCCAAUGGGCAAGGACUGAGCAGUGAAGGAAUCUGCCGAUCAGCCCCUUUAAAGGUCCAAGGUAACUUGCUAAACCCACCUCUUCAUUUAUUGGACCUUGCGGGUUGUGGCAUUGUGUUGGGCAUCCAAUGGUUGGAAACAUUGGACACUAUCUCUUGGAAUUUUUCGAAAUCUCUUAUGAAUUUUGUUUUGGAUGGAAAACCUAUAGAAUUCAAGGGAUUAAAGUUAAAUUCAUCAGUAGUGGAGGAUGGGGAUAAGUUGCUUAAGGCGACUAUGACUACCGAAAAGGGCAUUUUAUUGCAAAUCAUGUGUGAGGAGGUAACAAAUGAAAAAUGUGAAGAUGUGGACGGGCAAAUUUCUGAUCUGUUGGAGGAGUUUGAAGGGGUAUUUAGUGAACUCCAAGGGCUGCCACCACCCCGUGGCCAUGACCACCAUAUAGUCCUCAAAGAGGGCACUCAACCAAUUUCCAAUAGACCCUACCGGUAUCCAUAUUACCAGAAAACUGAGAUUGAGAAGAUUGUGACUGAAUUGUUGAUGUCGGGGGUGGUUAGGCCUAGUUCUAGUCCAUUUGCAUCCCCUGUUUUGCUGGUUCGUAAGGCCGAUGGUAGUUGGCGGCUUUGCGUGGACUAUAGGGCACUCAAUAAGGAAACAAUAAAAGCCAAGUUUCCGAUUCCAGUUAUAGACGAGCUGCUGGAUGAACUCUUUGGGUCAGUGAUAUUUUCUAAACUCGAUUUACGAUCGGGCUAUCAUCAGGUGAGAGUCGUGCCUAGUGACAUUCCCAAAACAGCAUUCCGUACUCAUGAGAGACAUUAUGAAUUUUUGGUAAUGCCAUUUGGUCUUACUAACGUACCCGCCACAUUCCAAGGGCUCAUGAAUGAUGUUUUUAAACCUUUUUUGAGAAAAUUUGUGCUUGUAUUCUUUGAUGACAUUCUAGUAUAUAGCAAAUCAAUGGGGGAACAUGUGGAUCACCUAAGAGAGGUUUUAAACACAUUGAAACAGCACUGCCUGUUUGCAAAAAAAUCUAAGUGUCGGUUUGCGGUUAAUGAAGUUGACUAUUUGGGACACAUUAUUAAUGAUAAGGGAGUGAUGGCUGAUCCUUCUAAGAUUGUUUCAAUGAUAGAGUGGCCCGAGCCUAAGAAUGUGAAGGCCUUACGAGGAUUCCUUGGACUCACCAGUUAUUACCUGAAAUUUAUCCGGAAUUAUGGUCUCAUCGCUGCACCGCUUACUUCCUUACUCAGAAAAAACAGUUUCUCUUGGAACCCGGAGGCCUACGAGGCUUUUACAGCCUUAAAACAGGCCAUGUCUCAACCACCGGUCCUUAAACUUCCUGAUUUCAGCAAACCAUUUGUAAUUGAGUGUGAUGCAAGCAGAAAAGGGAUAGGGGCAGUGUUAAUGCAGCUAGGGCAGCCCAUCUAUUUCUUAAAUCAGGCCCUUAAGGGCAAGGCCUUGCUACUUUCAAAAUACGAGAAGGAAUUAUUGGCUCUUGUGAUAGCAGUACAAAAGUGGAGACCCUACUUCCUUGGGCAGCCUUUUAUCAUAAAAACUGACCAACAAGCCCUUAAGUUUUUGCUAGAACAGCGCGUGGGGAAUGAGAAGCAACAAAAAUGGAUUACAAAGCUAAUGGGUUAUGAUUUUUCCAUUGAAUACAAAAAGGGUAAGGAAAACAAGGUGGCAGAUGCCCUUUCAAGAAGAGAGGGGGAGACCGAGAAUCUGUUUGCUCAGCUAUGA